GGCAAGUAUUUUAUCGACCGAGACGGGGUGCUGUUCCGAUACGUAUUAGACUUCCUGAGGAACCAGAAGCUCGUCUUGCCCGAGAACUUCCACGAGCGAGAUCGGCUGCGGCGCGAGGCGGAUUACUUCCAACUCUACGCGCUCAUUGAGACUUUGGGUGGCGCACGUCGACUUGACCCAGUUCGCAUGUUGGGAGAAGACGGGAACGCAGCCUUUGGCACGUUCGAUGGACGCCGUGGUUCCAUCACCCUGGGCUACAGGGGUACAUUUGCGUUCGGGAGAGACGGAUUGGCGGAUGUGAAGUUCCGGAAGUUGAACCGGGUUCUGGUGUGCGGACGGGUUGCACUGUGUCGAGAGGUCUUCGGAGAGACGCUGAACGAGUCGCGUGACCCGGACCAUUCUGGCCAGACUGACCGUUACACGGCUCGUUUCUUCUUGAAACACACCUUCCUGGAACAGAGUUUUGCUCUCCACUCAAAAGAUGAGGCGCCCUUUUUUGUUGUAGCCCAGCUUUCCCCUCAAGCCGCCAAAGUGGCGACCAAUGUGGCGGCUGUGAAGGCGGCUGUUGAUGAAAAUGGCGGAAUUGCCUUGGAUGACCUGGAAGCAACCCUUGGCAUGAAUGCCACGUUGAUUUCGAGAAUUCCGAGGGGAAAGCUGGGCUACAAUAAAAAAAGGGCGCCUCUCCUUCUGAGUGGAGAGCAAAACUCUGCCAGGCGGGCAGUGGACAUGUUGAUGGAUGCUGGGUUCAGGUGCGUGGCAUCCUGUGGUUCCGGGACUUCUGGUUCUGCUGCUGAUCUCAAGCCUGGAAUGGACACGGAGGAAGCGAGGUGGAACCAUUACAACGAAUUCGUCUUCUUUCGCGAUUGAAGAAAAAGAUUACUCUUUCUGUUCCCUGAUUUACUCCUUCGUUUCUCAGAUUGACAUGUAUUGAGUGCAUAUAUUGUUCUUCGAAACAUUUCUCUUCGAACUAUACUGCUUCAAAAUAAGAUGUUCCGAAAAUUUCCUUUCAAGUACCUGUGUGUCUUUCGUUGCUCUUGCCUUUUGCAAUCAAGAUUUUGUUUUUGUGAUUAUCGCAGCGCGAAGGUUUUUAUAUAUUUUCUGCUGUCCCUUCUUUCGGAGACCAUUCCAGAAAACAACCCUGAGUUACCAGUUUUCGAAAGGAAAAAAAGAAUGUUCAAGAAACUAGCAGAAAAAAGUCGCCAAAUGAUUUUGAAUCAUGAUGACUCAGACCUUCAAAGAUCGCGACCGGAAAAAAAAAAAGAAGAAAGCACCACCAUUUGGCAAAAAUGCAUUUCGUAAGGAAAAGAAAAAAGAAGCUGUAUUCAGACAUCAAGCAUUUUGGGAACACUGCAGAGGAUUUCGAAAGCUUGUGAUGGAACUUUGACAAAAUAUCGCAUCAUCAACUAUUUAGACCAUGCAUUUCCUCAAUUCUCGCGAAAGGAACACGAGGCAGUUUUUCAAUGACAUUUUUUUUAAAUGUCUGAAAAAGAAGCAUUUGAGCCCUGGAAAUUUAAUAUCAGAACGCUUCUAUCAAGAUUAACCGCCUCGUGUUCCCAAAACCGAAGAAAAAACCCUAAUUUUAGUCUAAAAGAAUUCAAUAGCUGGAAUUUCGAAGAAAAAAAAAACUCGUGAGUUGCCUGGUAUCCAUGCUUUGAGAAUUUCGGGACGAAAACACCAUUUCCGGUGUGAAAAUUCGCUGCCGAUCUUAGUCAAGAGUUUUAGUGCAAAAGCGGUACAAAAGAACGAAUGGCUUAUCGGACUUUAUUAGAGAAAAAGCAGUAUUUGAGAGAAUUUUAGGACAGUUCGAAGAAAGAAAAAGACGGAGGACUGUAUGUGGAGUAUUGGCGGCAAUGAUGACCUAUACCGCCGGAGAAAGUGUCCGCGUACCUCGGAGCUCGUUGAUUUUUCCACACACAGAAAAUCCCUUUAUCAAGCUGUUCUUAUUUCUCCAGAUUCAUUCAAAAUUUUAAAUCUAGCGGAUGAUUUUCUUUUCCUUGAAGGAUAAUUCCUACUCUGAAUAUUGUGCAUUCAGGACACUUUCAACAGUUCAAAUGCAUGCAUCCAUUUCAAUACUCGUAUGUUCAUCAUGCUUGAAAAUUCUUUAAAGUUCUACAAAUCCCAGAAAAUUACUGCGUUUUAUUCACUCUUGAAUCUUGAAGCUGCAAUAUUUAUUAUUGUCGGUUAGACUGAUUAACUAUUUCAAAAGUUAAAGACUUGAAAGUGGUUAGAUUAUCAGCAGGCCGAGGAUGGAAACUAUCUAACUCAUUUUUAAAAUUUAAAUAUAAUGAAAAAUUAAAUAUAUUGAGACUCAAAUAACAUUUUAAAUAUAUUCAAUCUCCCAAUUGAAAAACUUUUGCCCACGAUAAUUUCUAGUAAAUAAAUUCAUUCAUUGUAAUCAGAUUCUACCUGUUUUAUGCGUCAGCUUUUAACCAAGCGAUAUUGAGAGAAAAAUAAUAAAUCCAGGAUAUCAGAGCAAAAUCCAUCCUCAUCGCAUUUUAAUACACUGACGCGUAUGAGGAUGGAUUUCGCAUUGGUCCCCUGGUGAAAUUCCAGGGCUUAUUUUCAAGUGUAGAAAAGAACAAGUCGUUUUUGAAAGACCAUCGAACUCGGCGUUGCCCGCGGGACACGUUUCUCAGGGGGAUAGAUCAUGGGGUUUGGGCUUCUGAGAAAAAAGGAUUCGGAAGAAUAAAGUUUACGCCAUUUUCAUCUCCCCAUUACCCCUCCCCAAAAAAAAACACAGAAAAAUUGUAUGUGUUGCUGGCUGUGGGCCGCGUGCGUGAGCAGCGAUAUAUCGAGGUUUACAGCUGCAUGUGUACAAAGUCCCAGUUGUCCUGCAUCUUUUUUCAAUUUUCCCCACUGAAUUCACAAGGUGUAAAAGAAAAAAAAAGCAAAUACGAAAAGCAGAGCAUUCAUUCGAACAUUGAUCUCGGUAAUGGCGUGUUUGAAAGCGACGGAAAGAAUGAGUCGUUCCGUUCAGCUUUUGCUCCUUUUUUUUUUUUUUUUGGUUCAAAAAUGCUGUUUUUUGUUUCGGAGGGGCGAAUGAUCAGCGAUGAAGCGAUUGGAUGGAAUAGAAGCGUGUAUAUGCGAUGACAAGAUGCCACUGCAGGCAAGUGUGCUGAGAAACGAAAAUCGAUGGCUUAUUACCGUCAGUAUAGCGCGCCGGAAAAUUGUAAUAUGAAAUGGAAAGAGAAAAAAAAGACUUUUUUCCA